AAGUAUCCCGUCCUGUCAGAAAUGACGGAGUUGAUGUUACUAUUACCAAAAAUGAAGAAAACUCCAAAAAGAGUGACAGUAGAUGUAUCUUUAAUGGAAGAUAACUCAAAUAUAUACAAAAUGAAUGAAGUUCGAACUGUAAGUGGACUCUCACUUCCAAGACAAACCAUUGAUGUCGAAUACCUGAGUAGAAUCUAUCCAUACAUCAAAGAAGCACCUGUACUUUCCUUUUAUGAUGCACAACCAACAAUUCUCAUUAGUCAGGAUCAAUGUGCUUUGAGUAUUGUAAGGAAACUAUAUCAAAGUUACUGGACUGCACCGUUUGUAUCAAAAACAUUACUGGGAUGGGUAGUACAUGGCAGAUACCCCCAAGGAAAAGUUGCUGAUAAAUCGUCUUUAAUAUUUCACUUUUGUUGCAAAUCUCAAGAACAAAUUGAUGAAGAUAUUCACGAUCUAGUGACAGACUCGUUCAAAAUUGUCAAUUUUGUCAUAAAAAACCCGGAAAAAAAUGGAAGAUCUAAAGAAGAUGAUAGGGCGUUGAAAAAAAUGGAAAAUACAAUUGAUCGAGUUGGAAAUCACUUUGAAAUAGGUCUACUGUGGAAGAAUGAUGAUAAUCGAUCUUCUAGAGAGCUGGAGAUGAAAAAGAAAAAGGAAAAGAAGAAACGUGACAGUAGUGAGGGGAAGGUAGCGAAAAAAAGGCAUCAGAGCUCCGACUCUGAAGAAGAGAAAAGAAUGAAGAAGAAGCGCAGGUCAGUCAGUUCAGAAAAAGAAGAAAAGUCAAAGAAGGAUUCUAGUGACAGUGACGUUCCCACUGAGAAAAAGAAGAAACAAGAUAGUUCUGAUGAAACUGAUAGAGAAAAAUAAAAAAAACAUAAGAAGGACAAUAGCUCCUCGGAUAGCGAUAAAGAUUUCAAAAAAGAAGAGGCACAAAAAAAUCAAAGUUGGGAAGCGAUUCCGAUGAUGAAGAGGAUACAAAGAAAAGGAAAAAAGACAAGAAGCAUAAGAAGAAGAAGAAACACUCGAAGAAACAUGAAAAACACAAAAACAAAAUCAGGAACCUAUAAACGGCCAGUUACAAAGAUCUGUAAAUGGAUCAACGGUACAGAUUCUCAAAGGAAAUGAAUUGAAGAAUAAUAUGUCAAAUGCAAUGAUUUCAUCACGAGGGGGAGAAUGUUGUUGCUUUUAAUUAAUUUUGUUCACUCUGUUCGUUUAGUAUGUUAAAGUAAUGGAUCAUGGUUUGUUUAUAAAAAAAAGACGAUUUUGACAUUGACAAUAAUUUUGAGAGGGAUUGACUUGAAACGUUUGAUUCCUAGUUUAUUUCGACUUUAAAUCAAAGAAAAUCACGGUAGGACUGACUGGUCCAAACAGUUACAAUUUUACGACAUGUUCAAAUGGAUAAUCGAAAAUCUAUCAGAUAAGUAGCUACAGCGUCUGGUGUAUCAGAUACUAGUGUUUUUCGGAUUUUGAAAGCCUAUAAAUUCCACCU